AUGAGUGACAAUAUGUAUUGUGUUGACUCAAGUCCGGGGCCUCAGUAUCAUGUUGACGCAAAAAUGACUCGUUUUGGAAGGGAUGGAACACCUGCAUACUCAAUGUUGGGAAGAGUGAAAACUCAGAGUAAGUUUCUAUUUUUUAAAAGGAAAAAUAUUCUACUCCAGACACCUGGUCCAGGUGCAUACAGUCCUGAGAAAGCCCCACCAUGCAACCUCCAGCGCAGACCCCCGUCCUACACAAUGAGCGCUCGCACUCACUACCGAAGCAUCGACUCAGUACCGGCUCCUAACAAGUACUCUCUCCCUCCACUCAUGGGCCCUCAAGUCCCAAACAAGCCAGCCAGUGCCAGCUACACCAUGUCAGGUAGAUACAGCACAGGGGGACCAUCUGUGGAUUUGGCCAAGACACCAGGGCCUUGCAGAUACAACAGCACAGACCCCAGUGUUUAUCUAACCCGGCAGCCAGCAUUUUCCAUGCUGGGGCGUCACAGCUUACCCAGAGAUGCUACCAAGAAACCAGGUCCUGGGACUUACAGUCCAGAAAAAGUGAUUGUUCACAAAGCAAGAGCACCAGCCUUCUCCCUGGGCAUCAGACACUCCGAAUUUGUCACUCCACUGGUUGUCAAUGUCUCAGACUGA